AUGCGCGACGCGCGCGACGUCGACGCGUCGAAGACGAAAAAAUCAAAAAUCAUUCUCUCUCGCGCCUCUCCGUUCUUCGUCCCGGACUCCGACGGUGAUGACGCCUCGGACGCCGACGGGUACGAUCGCGGGUUGAUUACGCGCUCGAUGUUGGACGCGCAUCGUCGCCGGAGAGAAGAGAGAGCGGGUGGGAGAGACGCCACUGUAGACGCCGCAGCGGCGGCGAGCGUUGAAGAGACGACGGACGAGGACGAUGCUCUGGCGCUCGAUCGAUCGAUCGGUGGGUUCGAAGUCUCGGAUGGAGAGUGCUCGGUGCACAGCGACGCGAGUCACGAUCGCACGGCGGGCGUGAGGGGGUUCUCGAAGGCAGAGGUAGCGAGCGAGCAGUUCGGUCGCGGAAAGCGCAAGCGAGACGCAGCGGUCAACGUCGUGGACGUCUUGGCACGUCCUGCAUUGGUGGAGGAUGAGAACGAGAGCGAGGACGAGGGUGGAUCUCGAGAGCGAACGAUUCUUUCGGAGCGUUUGGACGCGAUGGAGUCCGCGCCGAGAACGACGCAGCGUGAUGAAGGUGAAAUGGACGAUGUCGUUCUCGUUCCUUCGACGACGAUAGCGCGUCCGAUGAAUCGAGCGCAGACGUUCGGAAAGAUGAAUGCGAACACUAUGAUCGAGCGAGCCGUCUCGCGACAGGCGACGAUCACGUCGAUGUUUUCAAAGGCGUUGGCGCCUUGGAAGUUUGAGCAUCGUGUCUUCGGAACUCAGCGCCCGGCUGUCGACGCCAGACAUGCGCCAACGCACGUCAUCGAGCGCGACGUCGAGUACAACGUCGAACAGCAAGCGAUGGUAGAAGACACGAAGCGAGAAGGAGUGCGAGUGCUCGAAAAAGCGAUGAGAGAUUUCGCUAGUCGACACAGCGUCGGAAGAGUGGGAGUCCAGACAAAGACGUCGGGCGAGCAUCGAGCGGCUGAGAAGAUGAGUUUGGACGAAAUCGGCGACUGGCGGCUUUCCAUGGCGCUCCUUGAGCGCGCGAAUGGGUUCUGGGCAGUCUUUGGCGAUUGCUUGCGCGUGUUCGUAGAUGAUGAACGAGAGGAGAGGCAUCACAAGUUGAUGCUCAAGUCUAAUGAGAUGCUUGAUGAUAGCAGUCACGCGGUGUGUCUUGAAGCGGGCUGGGAGCUCACAUUUACGGUGGCAAGGAUAUGGUAUUCCGAGGGGUAUCAAUUUGAACACGCUGUCGGCACGAAUUGGGUGUCACAGGCGUGGGCUGUGAUUGGAUGGUUACUCGAUGAGACUCGCCUGUCAGGUCGUCCGAACGAACAGCAAGCUUCGCCAGCGGCGACGUACAGCGAAGAGGAGUACGUACGCGCCCUCACCGAACGAAUUGAGGAGCUUAUCGCCUGGUGGCCCCGAUGUACCGCGGAUCGCCAUCCCGUGAGAGCUCUUUGGCAGCGACUUCACGGUGCAGAUGUGAACUCAGGUGCGACGAAAGAGUGGCGUUUGAUUGUGCGAAAUCCGGCGGCGUGUUGUCGUGUGUGCGCGCCGCUCGCAUUGAGACCGUACGAGGAAACAUUUCAAGCCGCAGACGCACCGUUCGUGCGAGGUGUUUCGUGUGAAUCUUUAUACCGAGCGCUCGGUGACCAUCUCUCCAAGUGCGCGAUUGAGCGCAAAGUUUUACACCGUGAGCUCGGUAGAUGGCUCAACGACGCUCGCUUGAGCAAGGUAACAGACAAUCCGGCAGAGAAUUCCCUCGGCGACGACGGUUUUACCGCACUCGGCGGGCACUCGUUCCCCUUUUCCACUGCGUCUCAGCGCUUGCAGCAUCGAGCGAGCGUGCACGUGGAGUUGUUCCGUGCGUGCGUACGCGCAGGAUCUGAUGACCAAGCUAUACUUUGCCUGAAGCAACUACUAAGCUCGCUUGCGGCUCAAAAUACUGCCAGCGAGGAUCCCGCGCCUCGAUGCGUCCUUCUACGCGCGGCGACGACGUGCCUCGGAAUCUGGCUCGCGUGGCGAGCUACGAAUGGUGCGCAAGGACAGGCUCAAACAAAGAUAUUUGACGAAAUGAUUCGAGUCAUGAGAUCAUUGGCCGACUGCGUGAAAAUGACGGGUUCGGUGGUGUCUUCGAGAGCCGGAACUAAGGGAGCCAUGAACGACGGAGCCAUAAUCGCCGAGGCCUCGGUUGCUUGGGCCACUGCGUAUGCCGUCCUCAUCGUGGCCGACCAAGGGCAGUCAGCUACAGUGCUCGAGACGUUGGGUGAUGUGGAGAAGAGAUCAAUGUCCGAGGACUGGCGCGAACGAAUUUUCGUCUCGCGAUCGUUGGCGACGCUCUGCUCUCCGGCCUCAUUCUCGGAUAAGUGCGCGCCGCUGUCUGACUUGAAACCAGCGCUGUGCGCUUGGUUUGCUUUGGCAGUGGACAUUGUGUCGGGCGGUGCCUUGCCGCUCGCCGUCGCAUUGUGCGCACGCGGAGAGUUGUCGAUAAUGAAUCAAGAAGCUAGCUCCGUCACCUCGGUCGGUUGGUCGCAAUCGAAUGGUGGAGCUGCCGUAGCUACGGUUUUACGAGGGAAGAAGAGGCGCGGCGAUGCUCGUGUUGGCGUUGCCGGUGAACAGCUGGGCACACUAAUGACAUCUCAAGAGUGCGAUUUCAGAGUCGCCGUGGCUAAGCUGGCGGCGAAAGAAAUAAGUAAGUCUUUUGCGAAAGAUGCGAGUACAAUGGCGUCCAUUCGUCGUAUCGCCAUGGGAUUACCAGAGCACUGCGUCAGCAUCUUCAGAGGCUGCUCUUUUGGCAAAGAUAAACAGGACGAUGAGUCUCGUAGAGGACCACACGUGCGAGCGAUCGGUGGCAUCAUUCAAGCACUCGUCACGCAUUGUGCCGAGUGUCUUAUCGUUGCAGACGCUCGAUCUUUAGCUCACGUGAGUGAUGUCUCAGCUUUGACUCUUACUCUACCACGUUUAAUUCCUCUUCUGCCUUCAUCAAAGGCAUCCGUAUGGGGAGCAAGUGAUGGCCUGCACAUCAGCGACGCCUUAGCGGUGGCAUUAGAAGAGCGCGCGACGGACAUUUUUCGCGCCGAACUGUGCGCUAUCGAUGGCGCAUUGCGGACAGCUCGGCGCGAUGCCGACGAAUGUCUUGCUUCGGUGGCUGAACGCCAACUCGCCGUGUGCACGUGCGGCACGCUUGAAUCCAUCAUCGGGGCGUCGAAUGUGAUCGAACGUGAGCGAGCGUUGAUCACUUCCCUCGCAAAAUCUCUCUGUGGCGAUGAUAAUUCGCCUCUUGGCCUCGCGGGUGAGACUGUGGUGAGGACCUACCUGCCGCACUUCAUGCUCCACGCGUUCGGUGCGCCACAAAAGUGCGCGGCGCGGCGACUCAUAACGUCGACUCAGCUGGUUUCCGACCUGAUAACGCCAGCGAAAACGAAAGAUGAUGAAAACGUCAUCGCACCGUCGCUCGUUCUAGGGUCAGUGGCACUUCCACUCGUUGUUCUCGCGCACGAAUCUAUAGCUGAGUCCGUGGACCAUCACACCAAGGGGUGUCUCGCCGUCGUGUUGUCGGACGUCUUGUGUCCACUUCUUAGCGGAUUCAAAGAAUCUAUGGAUUUCCAUCGGCACACACGAGAAAAUACUGACAAGGUAUUAUCUGCAAAGCAUCCGCAAGUCAUAACGGCGAGGUCAACGAUUGAACAGCGUGGAGUCGCACCGGCGUUUCCAAAGCCGGCAGCUUUCCCAAAGCUGGCUGCUUUUCCGAAGCCUCAUCGUCCCACUUCGACUCGUGACGAGUCCAGCACUCAGUAUCGCCAGAUACUAGAGAUGAACACUGCGACGGUAGCGCCAAGGGCCGUGGAGAACGCGUCAGAGGUUGCUCUGGAUGACAUGAUAAAAGCCGCGCUCAAUUCUAGCGCAGUAUGGCGCAUCUUCCGUGCGUACGUCUCGGCAUCGGUUUCGAUACUGUCCGACGCUGCGCUGGCGACGCCAAUCUCUAGAGAGAUUUCCACUCGCGGUUCCUUCCACGUCAUUUCGAAAGUAGACGAGAAGACACCGCGAGCGAGAGAGAUUGAGCGCUUGCGAGAAGUCUUGACAAAGGCAAAAAAAUUGAGCAGCAAAGCACUUGCGCGCGAGCGGAAAGAAGCGGAACGCACGCUGAGCGAUGUGUUGACGCCACUUUCGGAGACAGUAACGACGAUAUCUCAAGAAGGUAACGUUCAGUGGGGUCAAGGCACCGCACUCGCUCCAAAUUUGUUCGUCGUGGAGGAAAACACGAGCGAGAGAGCUCGAACGCUCCUCGUCGCCUCGGUGCAAUUCCUUACCUGCUGUGCGAAAUCGCCCAAAGUGCGGGAGAUCGCUCAGGUAUCACAGCACUCGAUCGCGAUCCAGGCUGCGGCGACGUUUUUGCUGGAGCCAGAUUCGCGCGCUCCACCUUCAGUGGUAAACGCAGUGAAGGCGCUGACUCGCGUGUUCGGGGUCGAGCGGUCUCAGAUACCGAGGCAUCACUUUCUUAGAGGAGGAUAG